GGGGAGAAAAGACAGGGGAGAAAGGAAUACGCGCUUGGCAUUUCUUUCUCUGCAACUUCCUUUUCUUCCCCUGUAUCCACAGAAUCAAAGCAAAACCCCCAAGGUUUUCAUCCAAAGGUUAAAAUUGCCACCUGCUUCUGUUGGAUUUGGUGCUGCUGAAGGAAGGUUUUGAUUUUGAUUUGUGGAUUCGAUCUCUGAAGUUGCGAUUUCCAUUGGGUCUUCCCUUGAUUACCCAUCUACCUGAAAAAUCAGCUUCUUUGUUUGUUGCAGAGAAAAGGGAAAUAUGGGGGAUGCUUUGGUUUCUAGGUAUUGGUGUUAUGUGUGUUCUCAGGUGGUGAACCCCAUCAUGGAAGUUGAGAUCAAAUGCCCGUUCUGCCAAAGUGGGUUUGUGGAAGAAAUGGAUAAUAGUACAGGAGGAGAGCAGGACAAUCACGAUGAUCUGGGAUCCGAUCGAGCUCUUUCUCUUUGGGUUCCAAUUUUGCUUGGGAUGAUGGGUAGUAUUCGUCGCCGGAGAUACAGAAGAGAAGAGGGUGAUGCCCAACAGGGAGAAUCUGAACAAGAGCGGGAGCUCGAAUCAAUUCUGAGGAGGAGAAGCUCAGCUGCCUUUCUUAACUUUCUUGGUCUUCGUGCUGGUAUUGCACCCGAAAUGGAAAAUUCUGAGAGUGAGAGGGAGAGGGAGAGGGAGAGUGAGCGUGUAAUCCUGAUCAAUCCUUUCAACCAGGCCAUAAUUCUUCAAGGCUCAUACAACAUGAAUCAAAACGAAAACCAGGGUCAUAAUGCUCCCAGUUCAUUGGGGGACUACUUUGGACCUGGUUUGGAUUUAUUGCUACAGCAUUUGGCAGAGAAUGAUCCUAACAGAUAUGGAACCCCGCCGGCACAGAAAGAAGCAGUGGAAGCAAUGCCAACUGUGAAAAUCACAGAAAGCUCACAGUGUUCUGUAUGUUUAGAUGAUUUAGAGAUUGGAGCUGAAGCGAAGGAGAUGCCCUGUAAACAUAAAUUCCAUAGUGGCUGUAUUCUUCCCUGGUUGGAGCUUCAUAGUUCUUGUCCAGUUUGUAGAUUUCAGAUUCCCGCUGAUGAAUCCAAGAUGGCUCCAGAUGGUUCUGGCACUAGUGAAUAUAGGGCUGAAAAUGGUGGUAUAGGUAUUGGUGGUGCUCUUGGUGCUGGUGGACAGGGAAGUGAAGAUAGUAGUGGGGGAAAUGGAAAUGGAAGAAGGUUACUGGUUCCUAUUCCAUGGCCUCUAAAUGAGUUGCUUUCUGUCUCAGGAUCACAAGGUGGUAAUAAUUUUUCUUCACAAUCAUCUCCAUCUUCUGCAGCAGGAAAUGCUUCUCAUACAGAUGAAAAUUGAAGAUAUUCAUGUAGCAUCCACCUCUUUCCUUUUUAACUUAUUUGGUUUUCUAUUUUUUUUUUUUUUUUCCUUUCUGUAUAUAGCCGGAUAGCCCGCCCUUUGUUUUUUACCUUUUGAGUGAAUUUCAGUUUGCGGAAGCUGGCUAUCUUCUCUGUUGUUAAUUUUCUGAAGAUCUUGAUGCCACUGUAAUGACUUGCUCUAUUAUUUCCUUUGUAUAUGUGUAUUAUCUCCCUGUCUAUUGUGUUGGAGAGCUAUAUUAACAACUCUGUUUUAUUGUU